AGGCCGGCCCCGGUGGCCGAAUGCAGCCGAGCAGUCCUCGAAGACAAUGGCAACUAAUCUAUCAUCUAUACUGUUUGAGUCACUUUACGGUAAUGCUGUAACCACCGCCAAUGGAUCAAUAUCGGACAGUUACACAACAGAUGCGUUCAUCGCUACCCAAUGGAUCCCAGGAGUGGGGUCUUUGCUACCCACCGAACGGACAGGGAUUGGCACCGCAACCAGCAUAUCCAUCAAUGACACCAAUGCCACCGGAUGGGACAAAGCAUCAAACCAGCAGCUGCUGCUGGUACCCUCCUAUCUGUCCACGCUGGCAACGAUGGCAACGGAUAUAAUGGAAGCAAACAUAACAACCAACAUGACACUAUCCCAGGAAGACUGCAACUUGCUGCAUGUGACCUACGAUGAGGAUGGGGCCAGCACUAGCCAUCCGUGGAUCGUGUGUUUGCCGCACGCGCCCACACUUAGCACAAAUGUUAUAAUUCGAGUAAUCGUCCUGUCGGCGAUGGCCAUCGUGUCCCUGCUAGGUAACAUCGCUACUAUGUGGAGUAUUCAGAAAAAUCGAAAAUCACGUCGAUUGGCCCGCCAUAACUGGAGCGCAAUUUAUUCGCUGAUUUUUCACCUCUCCAUUGCGGACCUGCUGGUGACCGUGUUCUGCAUCAUCGGGGAGGCGGCAUGGAGCUAUACGGUCGAAUGGGUCGCCGGAACGGUCGCCUGUAAGCUGGUUAAAUUGCUCCAAAUGUUCAGUCUGUAUCUGUCCACCUACGUGCUGGUGCUGAUCGGUGUUGACCGAUGGGUGGCGGUCAAGUAUCCGAUGAAAUCGCUCAACACCGCCCGCCGCUGCCAUCGGUUUCUGUGCGGAGCCUACUCGUUGUCGUUCGUGCUCAGCAUUCCACAGUGGAUGAUCUUCCGGGUGGCGAAAGGACCGUUUCUGGAAGACUUCUACCAAUGCGUGACGCACGGUUUCUACAGUGACCGAUGGCAGGAGCAACUGUACACAACCUUCACCCUAGUAUUUAUGUUCAUCAUUCCGUUGCUAAUCCUUAUUGGCACAUAUUUGUCAACCUUUAGAACGAUAUCAAGUAGUGAGAAAAUAUUUAGGAUAGAAACGUCGGCCGUCGAUCGGUCCUACUAUCGCCGUUCGGACACGAACCGACAACGGCUGAUACACAAGGCCAAGAUGAAAUCCCUCCGAAUAUCCGUCGUCAUCGUGGUGGUGUUUAUCGUCUGCUGGACGCCCUACUACAUCAUGAUGCUGAUAUUUAUGUUCCUAGAUCCGACCGAACCGGUCGGCGUGGACCUGCAGACGGGCAUCUUCUUCUUCGGAAUGUCCAAUAGCCUAAUUAACCCCCUGAUAUAUGGCGCUUUCCAUUUGAUCCCGAUCCGACGGCGGCACAAUCAGUACAAUCAACAUGUAAGGGAAGGGUCGGUGUAUUUUCAACGAUCAUCUACCUGCAACAACCAGAAUGGCAACCACCAUCAGCAAUUAUUGCAACAGCCACAACAACAGCAGCAGCAGCCACAACAACAGCAGCAGCAGCCACAACAACAGCUCCAUUCACCGCAGCACCAUCAAAAUCCUUCCCACCAUCAGCAGCAUCAGGCAAGAAGCAGAUAUCUUUCUGUUAACAAGCUGUCCCAGUCACACUCGAACCUGGCAGAGGAGAUCUCACUGAUGGCACUGGAGAAGGAUCUCAAAAGCCUGGACGAAAACGUCAACCAAAUAAAUCUGAAAGGCAGUUCGGGCAGCAAACGCAGCCUGGCCCGAAAGUUCUACACCCUGACCCAGCUACUUCGCCAAACGCGGCCCACUAAGCUUUAAGGCAAUUUUCUCGGUGUGCAAUAGCAGGAUGUACUUAAUAAAUUAGACAGACAGACAGACGAGACAGAGCUUUAGCAUUGUACGAUUAACGUGCGUAGGGUUUUAAAAAUGCUCAAUGAUGACAAAUGUAACGUGAUAAGUGAGAAAUUAAUGUCGUUAAAUUAGUAUGUUAUGCUCGGAAAUAAUAUAAGUACUACACGAAUAUUUACACACACACACAAACUGCUGAGGAAGAAUCAUUUGCUUCAAAUCAUGGCAAAUACAAAGCAUUGUUAAAACCAAGAAAAAGAGAGAACGAAAGAAUAUAUAUAUAUAUACAUAACUGUUUAUGCUUUAGACUCGAAAC